AUGGCAGAGAACAAUUCACCCCCUGGCUCUGUAGAAGAGAAAGCAGAUCAAAUCAUCGAAGCAAACCCAUCAGUGAAGGAUGAUACUUCACUGGAAACCAUAGUUCGAAGGUUCCAGGAUACAAUGUCAGAGGCAAAGACGCAUAAGUUCUGGGAGACUCAGCCCGUCGGGCAGUUUAAGGAUAUCGGUGACACGAGUUUACCUGAAGGUCCAAUUGAGCCGGCAACUCCGUUAUCUGAGGUCAAGCAAGAGCCGUACAAUCUUCCUUCUGUUUACGAAUGGACCACUUGCGAUAUGAACUCUGAUGAUAUGUGUUCUGAGGUAUACAACCUUCUCAAGAACAACUAUGUUGAGGAUGAUGAGAACAUGUUCAGGUUCAAUUACUCCAAGGAGUUUCUUAGGUGGGCGCUGCGUCCUCCCGGUUAUUACCAGAGCUGGCAUAUUGGAGUCCGUGCCAAGACCUCGAAGAAGCUCGUUGCUUUCAUCAGCGGCGUGCCAGCAAGAAUCAGGGUGCGUGACGAGGUUGUGAAAAUGGCAGAGAUCAAUUUCUUGUGUGUUCACAAGAAGCUCAGGGCUAAGAGGCUUGCUCCUGUCAUGAUCAAGGAGGUGACUAGAAGGGUUCACUUGGAGAAUAUCUGGCAAGCGGCUUAUACCGCAGGGGUUAUACUUCCUACACCAAUCACCACCUGCCAAUACUGGCACAGGUCACUGAACCCAAAAAAGCUAAUCGAUGUUGGGUUUUCAAGGCUUGGUGCAAGAAUGACGAUGAGCAGAACCAUAAAGCUUUACAAGCUACCAGAUGCACCUGUCACUCCUGGGUUCAGAAAAAUGGAACCACGCGAUGUCCCUGCUGUUACGCGGUUGCUUAGGAACUACCUUAGCCAGUUUGGAGUUGCGACUGACUUUGACGAGAACGAUGUUGAGCAUUGGCUGCUCCCAAGAGAAGAUGUCGUGGACAGUUACUUAGUCGAAAGCCCUGAAACUCAUGAUGUUACCGACUUCUGCAGCUUCUACACUCUCCCAUCAACUAUCCUCGGUAACCCGAACUACACAACUUUGAAAGCUGCUUAUUCGUACUACAAUGUCGCCACGCAGACCUCGUUUCUUCAGCUGAUGAACGAUGCACUGAUUGUCUCCAAACAGAAGGGUUUCGAUGUGUUCAACGCGUUGGAUGUGAUGCACAAUGAGAGUUUCUUGAAAGAAUUGAAGUUUGGUCCAGGAGAUGGACAGCUUCACUACUAUCUCUAUAACUACCGCUUGAGAAGCGCAUUGAAGCCAGCGGAACUUGGGCUUGUGCUCUUAUAA